GACUCCUCUUCUCUCUCUCUCUCUCUCCCUCUCUCUCUCUCUCGCUCGCAUAUGGCUCUUUCUUCUUGUUUGACGAAUUCAGAAAGUCAGAAAGGGCAAGGGGGUUUUGCAUAUAGUUCUACUCCUUUGCUAAUCUUGCUCUGCUCUCAAUCUAGACACCUAAUCUGAAAACCAUGAUUUACCCAGUAGUUUCCAAUGGAAACCCAUUUAUCCCAACUAAGCUAAGGUUCCAAAACACACCACCAAAACCAUCUCUCUUUCCCUUGAGACCAACCUAUUGUUCUCAGCACCAAAACCAAGAGAACACCAUUAAUAAACCUACAAGACCCAAACCCCAUCUCACAAAACCUAUCAGAAUAAACCCUAUCCAAGUUCCUCCUAACAAAACCAACACCAAAGGGGUAUAUGGGGAAAGAAAUGGAUUUUCUCAAGUGGGUAGUCAACAGAUGGUGGUUUUGUGUGGAUUUGGGUACUGGGUAAAUGGGUUUAGGUGCUUUCCUUGGCUGGGCCUCAACUUCCACAUGGCUCACUCUCUUAAUCUGUAUCCAUCAGUAUUGCAGGUUGUGCAGCACUCUGCUAACCUACCCAUGGUUGCCAAGCCUCUGUAUGGAAUCUUGUCCGAUGCUCUGCAUAUUGGGGGUGCUCAUAGAAUACCUUAUAUUUCCAUUGGAGUCCUUCUGCAGGUCCUGGCUUGGGGGUCAUUGGCAUUGAUCCCAACUGCAGGAGGAGCCCUUCCAACUCUCAUGGCAUGUGUUCUUCUCAGUAAUCUUGGAGCAUCCAUCGCAGAAGUUGCAAAGGAUGCUCUUGUUGCACAAUAUGGCCAGAAAAACAAAAUGGACGGCCUCCAAUCUUAUGCAUUAAUGGCCUUAGCGGCCGGUGGAGUCUUGGGAAACCUGAUUGGCGGCUUCUUCUUACUUAGGACACAAAAACCCAAAUUAAUGUUUCUAACUUUUGCAGCUUUACUUGCUGUUCUACUCCCAAUCUUCUUAGCAACAAGAGAGGAUUCACUUGGUUUACCUCAAUCAUCUAACCAAAGUAUUCUGAAGAAUUCUGUCUCACAGAGUAUCUGGAAACAGUAUGCUGAACUUGUAGUGACAGUUAAUGAAGAAAGCAUCUCCCGACCUCUUGUUUGGAUCGUUGCUUCUAUUGCUGCAGUCCCAAUACUAUCAGGUUCUAACUUUUGCUAUCAAACACAAUACCUAAAUCUCGAUCCUUUAAUCAUUGGGAUGUCUAAGGUGACUGGCCAGUUGCUGCUCCUAUCCAUGACACUACUCUAUGACCAGUUCUGGAAAAAUAUUCCCCCGAUAAAACUGAUUGGGAUUGUUCAAGUUUUGUAUGCUUCUUCCCUUCUUCUUGAUCUUGUACUGGUAAAACAGGUCAAUCUCAAACUGGGAAUUCCAAAUGAGGUGUUUGCCCUUUGUUUCUCAGCUGUAGCAGAAACCAUUGCACAAUUUAAGCUCUUGCCAUUCCAAGUCCUUUUUGCAAGUUUGGCUCCACCCGGUUGUGAGGGAUCUCUCGUCUCUUUCUUAUCAUCAGCUUUAUGUUUAUCAUCAAUAUUUAGUGGGUUUCUGGGAGUUGGAUUGGCCAGUUUUCUUGGAAUAACUUAUGGUGAUUACUCAAGCCUGCCUGUGGGAAUUGUGAUACAGUUUCUUGCAGCUUUAGUGCCAUUGCUAUGGUUUCAUCAUGUUCCCAUGUCACAAGCUUCAGCUGAAAUGGAAAGAAAGAGAGGUAGAAGCAAAAGGACACGAAGAAAAAGAAGAGUUGGAAGAGUAGUGGUUGGUUCAGUUUAUGAUUAUCGCCGGGAAAGAGAAUCAGAGGCACAGAGAUGAGAAGGCUACUUCACUCUUUCUGUAGGAAAGGGGUGAAGAAAAGAAGACGUUCAACUGUGUAAGACCCAUUUCCUAUCUUCCCACGCUUGCAAAUGGCAAUUCUUUAUUUGCCACCAAAACCAAAUUGAAUGGUGCAAUGGAUGUCUUUGGCAAGGAUCAAAAUAUUGUUUCAAAACGGUCGAAACAUCCGAAACGUUUCCGUUUCCAAGAAGACCAAAACGAAAUA